AGCAACAUGAAAAUGGGAAACCAAAGUGUCAUCUCAGAGUUCCUCCUCCUGGGUCUGCCUAUUGAGCCAGAGCUGCGGGACCAGUUCUAUGCCCUGUUCCUGCUCGUGUAUGUUACCACCAUCCUGGGGAACCUGCUCAUCAUCGUUCUCAUUCGCCUGGACUCCCGCCUCCACACGCCCAUGUAUUUGUUUCUCAGUAACUUGUCCUUCUCUGACCUCUGCUUCUCCUCUGUCACAAUGCCCAAUCUGCUGCAGAACAUGCAGAGCCAGGUCCCGUCCAUCCCCUAUGCCGGCUGCCUGACCCAGAUGUACUUCUUCCUAUUUUUUGGAGACCUGGAGAGCUUCCUCCUGGUGGCCAUGGCCUAUGACCGCUAUGUGGCCAUCUGUUUCCCCCUGCACUACACCACCAUCAUGAGCCCCAAGCUCUGUCUCUCCUUGGUGGUGCUGUCCUGGGUGCUGACUACUGCCCAUGCCAUGUUGCACACCCUGCUCAUGGCCAAGUUGUCCUUCUGUGCCGACAACAUAAUCCCCCACUUUUUCUGUGACAUGUCUGCUCUGCUGAAGCUGGCCUGCUCUGACACUCGAAUCAAUGAGUUGGUGAUAUUUAUCAUGGGAGGGCUCAUUCUUGUCAUCCCAUUCCUACUCAUUGUCAUGUCUUAUGCACGGAUUGUGUCCUCCAUCCUCAGGGUCCCUUCUGCCAGGGGCAUCCGCAAGGCCUUCUCCACCUGUGGCUCCCACCUCUCCGUGGUGUCUCUCUUCUACGGGACAAUCAUUGGCCUCUACUUGUGCCCUUCAGACAACAAUUCUACUGUUAAGGAGACUGUCAUGGCCGUGAUGUACACUGUGGUCACCCCUAUGCUGAAUCCCUUCAUCUACAGCCUGAGGAAUCGGGACAUAAAGGGAGCCUUAGGAAGAGUAUGUUCCAAAUGGACGAUUCAGCUUUCUCUGGGACAGGGACUCUAA